AUGAGGCUGGAGAGGGUGGUGUUCGCGCUGAACGGGCGGCGGUACAAGGUGGGCGCCGGCGACGUCCACCCUGGGACCACGCUGCUCGAGUUCAUCCGCAGUUCUGCACCCAGACGCCAUUCACCGGCACCAAGCUCGGCUGCGGGCGUCAUGGUUCGAGUGCGGUGCUAUCGGUCAUGCGUACCAUUGCUUUCUGUGAUUUUUGGGUCGACAUGCGUACGUUGUGGUCCAAGCGUACAUCAUUAA